GUCGAUCAGAUUUAAGAUGACAUCAGGCAAAUAACAACAACUAAUACUAAAAUUAUUACGUAAACAGCUAGACUCUAACCCCAGCUGAUCGAAGCCCUGGACGAAAAGCAGCGCCUCGACGCCUACGUCAAAGCGGAGUACGAGAAGGCACAGGAAAAACUCGGUCUAGCAACUAAGGCUGCGGAGGAAGAAGCUGCUAAAAAGAAAGAGGCAGCAGCAGCAAAGAAGAAGGCAGGUCCUGGUAGUAAAGACAAAUCUUCUGGGUCUGCAGCUGGAUCACCGACUACUGAUGCUGCUAAAGGAGGUGAUGCAACUGCUGGAGCUGAUGCAGCCGGUGCUGCUAAAGAUGAGUCUUCUGCUGUCCCAGGAGGUGAACAAGAUGGGAAGUCUACGGGAGCUCCGAGUGAAAAAGAUGGCGAACAAGCAGCCGCAUCAGAAAGCGGUAAAAAUGCUACUGAUAGUGCAUCUGCUGACCCGAGUGCCGCUGUCGCACCACCAGGCUCAGCGGAUGCUAGUGUGAAGGAUGGCGAGGGAGCGUCAAAAGCGAAUAGUGAAGUAGAGGGAGUACUUCCACCCUCAACGCCUAAUAAACAGGCUUCUGAAGGAGAAGGUGGUGAGCAAGAAGCAGAUGGUGACGCAGCUCGUGUCGAUCCAUCUUCUGAUGUCAACCCUCAAGAACAAGACCAACCAUUAGAACAAGAAACGCCACAGCCUCAAUCUGCAACACCUAAGAACAUGCCACCUCAAACACCACCUAACAUGCUGGCUCCUGGUUCUUCUUCUUCGUCUCGAAGAUACGACAUCCUAACUGGCACACCACAGCCUAUGCAAAUGCUGUCGCCACCACCAGGGCUCUCGGCAGAGUGGUUGGCUGCACUUCGCGCGUCAGAGGAAGAGGAUAAGCAACUCCAAGAAGGAAUGCAGAAAUUGCAACAUGACCGAUUCGCACAGCAAUUGCAAGAUUAUGAUGAGCUCGUGGAUUUACCUUGUGCUUGAGCAGUAAUCAACUUUUCUUGAUGUGCUUGGCUGAUCGAUAGCGAACGAGCCGGAGCCCCUUGCUUUUGCUAUGCCUUUUUGCUUCUCAUCUAUGAUCAUAACUUUCUUUGUAGUUGUAGCUUAUACAAAUACACCAUUUUUCUCGAAGAUCAACCCUCAUGAUCUCUUCCUUCAUGCCGGAGCCGAAGCACAAGCAGCAGCCGAUGCAGAAAAGGCAGAAGGCGAGGAGGAAGAGGAGGACGACGAAGUUGAGCAACGCAUCAUUGAUCCCGUCACAGAAGCUCAGCAGAUGCUCAAAUCCGCGCAAGCAUAUGAUGGGAGAUUGGGUACGAAUAUAAUUUUUUUUGUACCAGGAGGUUGCAAAUUUUUCAAAUAACUAGUACUUGAAGUACGUUAUAAUAAUCUCGUUUUCAUUCAACAAUAACAACCGUGAUGCACCACGCUCAUCCUUCAACAUCUUCAACAACAACCCACCAAAAAAAUGAAAGGUGAUCCAGAGCUUACCGGCGAUCGCUUGGUCGAAAUCUUUGCUUCUGAGGUGAAGAAAUCGUGGAAAGACCUCAACAAGCUCGCUGGCAUCGAACCGAUUAUCCGUGCGAGGAAGGUCAAUCCGAGAGGCUUCAAUUAUCGCUAUUACUACCCAAUCGGCGAAGAUCCCAAAGUGGAGAAGUUUAUGCACAUGCAAGGAAGCGAGAAUUCACGACUCCGUUUGCAACAGAAAUAUGCGACGCACGUGGUCAAAAAGGGGUAUGAGUUGCCGAAGGAAGGCUUGAGAUUGAACUUGGGCAUGAAAUACUUCCAGAAAGCGUCAGGAGGAGGAGAAAAUGGGGGAAGUGGAGCUGGUACUAUAAGUAGAUUUUUUGUGAUCAUCUUACUUAGAUGUUUUUUUGAGGUUCAUCGAUCAAAUUUACUCAAUUGGAAUCGGUAUCGGACUGAAAAAAGAAAACAUAUAACCCUUGUCCGCAUUCCGUGCGUCCCCACAAGGGCAUUCUCUCCGCAUUCUCCUUUCCCAAAUCUCCAUUUCCUCUAACUUUUUCCAACCAACCCUUCACGACCAAGGCACAACUUCCGACGAAGAGAUUAUCCACGGUCGGAGCCAUUUGAAGCACGCUGCAGGCUAUGACGAAAUGAUGGCCGCAAUGAGAGCUUCUGUGGCCAAGGCUGAAGAGGAGUUGUACGAUCGAACCGCAGAUGCCUCUGUGGAAAAGAUUCGCGAUAUUGAGCGCUUGAACGAGUUGGAUGAGGAGGCGAAAGUUAUGUUGAGGACACACGUGGUGAGUGGUACACACACACACACACAGGAAUCAAUGUCGGAUGAUCUUCGUUCGAUCCUGUGAUGAGUAUGAUCAUGAUCUCCUGACUAGAAGUAGUCUGAGAAGAAGUACGCUGAGAAGAAGUACUCUGAGUAGAAGCAAGUACUCUGAGAAGAAGUACUUUUCGUCCAUCUCAUCUACUAUAAAGGCUCACACGACGACCUCCACGUUGAUCUGUUGUAACUCCUCCAAGAUCCCUUCCGUAUUCUCAACAACCCCCUCCUCUUGCGUUCGAACACCUCCCUAUUCUCAACAAGAGCCCCCUCCUCUAACACAACAAAGCGUGCAUCUCUGACGGAGCAGGAGUCUGUCGGAUUGAAGAAGACGCAGAAGAAAGGAAAGAGGUUGUCUACUACCUCUAUGGCAAGUUCAGAGCGUCUCCCCGAUGUAGAAGAAAUGCAGCUGUCGAGAGGCGCGUCCGGUGUCGCAUCUGAACACUGAUGAAAGACAGCGCGCUUUUUUGCAAACUAUAAGGUUAGAUGUAGAAGUUCGUCAAGAAAAAGGGCACGCAGGUCCUCGUGUCAAUGCCACCUAGUUGAUUUCUAUCAAUUUAUUCCAUUUUGGUCCAUACCAGAUAUUAAGAAAGAAUGUCGCUGUACUAAAAUCAAUCAACAUACAACGUAGAAUUGCUUACUAUGAUCUUAAUCGGUGAUCUUAUAAUCCACAUGAUGAAUCUAGAAAUUGUACGAUCAUUGAAAAUUUUGUUUUUGGGAAGUAGUUGUAGUAAAUUGUUUUGAAAUGAACAGCGGAACAUAUUAACUGUAACUGUAUCUAGAAUGCAUUUGGAAAUCUUGGUAUGUAGAAAUUGAAAUUCUUUGAAAAUGUAUCAAAAAAUCUCAGCGAAGAACAUCAUGGGCGAUGAGCCACAGACUUGAAUACAACUAAGCGUUUUUUAGAGCGAAAUUACAGGAAGUGAAAUCAACUGAAUCUACCACGAAAAAGAAUGAAUUAUCUGACACGAGGAACUCGAACAAGCGAACUUAAACUCAAAUGUAUCAAACUACGAUCAAAAAAUGACACUAGCUAGUACAGCUACAGGCUGGUGAGAGUACAACAAAUGACAAGAUUUUAUUGCGAAGAGAAUCACUCUACCAAAAGAAAAUACAAGAAUCAAUGGAACAAAGAACAAGAAGCUCGAAGUAAGAAUCAUUUUUUAAAUGCUCCUACAGCUCUAGGAC